AUGACGUAUCACUAUCAGCGACUGCGUAUAUUCGCACUACCGUGGGAUGACGAUGGCACAGGUGUUUACCAAGCUGACACGGCAAAGUGCGAAAGUGGACGUCCGGUGUCAAAUCUGCUGGCGUUGAAACAGCUCAAUUCCACGCUGACUACGAAUGCCACAGAACUACUAUUGCAAUACCAUAAGGAGGGUGGGGAUAAACACAACCAACAGAUCGCUCAGAAAGGAGUGGUGCCCAGAGGUUCUUGCAAGUACAGUGUGUCUCUCAUCAACUACAUGUUCUGCGAGAAGGAUAGUAAGGUACCUUUGAAGAACGAGGCAGUGUAUGGAAUGGGCCCUACGUCUGUAUCGUGGCACGCAGACAGUUCACUGCAGAACUACAGCACCAUCGCAGUAUAUCAGAUCACAGGCAAUGGACCUAUAGCUGGCAGCCAGAAUCAGACCAAGCGAUCAAGCAAGACGUCUGAUACCACAAAAGGCUCAGAAGACGACUGGAGUGUAGCGAUGCGUGUGGUUGCCGACGAUGUUACCCCCGCCGUGGCCUGUCGAUUAAAGAGUGGAGAGACAUACUACAUGAUGGAUGACUUCAAUCACCACCACCACCAUGCGGGUAUGCAGCAUUCAAAUGGAACAUAA